AUGUCAGCGGGGCCUGACCUAGGUGCAUCUGAUCUGGCAGGGGGCCACCGGACCACAGGACCUGUUGGACUCCAAACACUGUUGGAUCUACUGGUUGGCGUCUAUCAGGAAUUCUACUCUUCACCCUUUGCAAGGGAGAAGUAUGUCUCUGGUUUUCUCCAGUGGGCUGAGCCUCUGGUAAAGGAGGUUAAGAAAACCCGCAUCAAAAUAGAAGACUUUCACAUCUUGAAGGUGAUUGGCCGGGGCACAUUCAGCGAGGUCGCGGUGGCAAAGAUGCGAAACACACAACAAGUGUAUGCUCUGAAGAUUAUGAAUAAGUGGGACAUGCUGAGGCGAGGAGAGACAGCAUGUUACCAAGAAGAGAGGGAAGUUUUGUUAAGGGGUGACAGACGCUGGAUCACAGAGUUGCACUAUGCCUUUCAAGAUGAUAACUACCUGUACCUGGUGAUGGAUUAUUAUGUAGGUGGAGACCUGCUGACUCUCCUCAGUAAAUUUGGGGAUCGGAUCCCUGAGGACAUGGCUCAGUUCUACUUGGCAGAGAUGGUUAUGGCCAUUGACUCUGUCCAUAGACUGGGUUAUGUGCACAGAGACAUCAAACCUGACAACAUCCUGUUGACAGCUGAUGGGCAUAUUAGACUGGGAGACUUUGGUUCCUGUCUGAGGCUACUUGAUGAUGGGAUGGUGCACUCGUCUUUAGCAGUCGGGACCCCAGAUUAUUUGUCUCCAGAGAUCUUAAGAGCAGUGGAGGGAGGUGGAGGUUAUGGUCCUGAGUGUGACUGGUGGGCUCUGGGCAUUUGUGCUUAUGAGAUGUUGCUGGGGACCACACCUUUCUAUGCAGAGUCCAUCUCUGAAACAUAUGCCAAGAUCAUUCACUUUCAGGAGUAUUUUGAGUUUCCUUCUUCUGGCCCUGAGAUUUCAAAGCAGGCUCGUUCCUUCAUCAAUGAACUGAUCUGUGACAGGGAAGUCCGUCUUGGAAGGAAAGGCUCCAGUGAAUUUAGGAAUCAUCAGUUUUUCAGUGGACUGGACUGGAGUUCCCUGCACAAACUCCCUGCACCUUUCCUGCCUGAAGUCUCUAAUCCAACUGACACAUCAAACUUUGACAUCCUCGACGACUGUCUUAGUGAAAUGGAGACACUAUCUGAUGUAAUGGACAGAGCUCGAAUAGGAGUACACUUGGCUUUUGUUGGAUACUCUUACACUGCUACCAGUCAGACAGGUGCUGUUGUCCGCAGUCAAGAUAUCAUGAUGCAGAUAAACCACACCCAGCUUAGGGAAUGUGAGAAUCUGUAUGGACUCGAAAAACUGAGUCAGCUAUGGAAAGUUACAGACAAUCUACCAGACAAUCGGCCUCCACUGUUUGAGCUUCCACUUACUUUAGACCAAGAUGCUGCUGCAUCCACCCACACCACCACAGUGGAGGAGGCGAUAUCAGGACUUGAUGAAGACUUGGAGAGACGAUUUCAUGAAGCAGAGAUGCGAUAUUGUGAGCUGGAGAAAGAAAUGGAUAGAUUAAGGGAAGAAAUGCAGGAAUGGAGAAUCCCCAAGAAGACAGAGUUGAGUAGCUGCCCAUCAUCUCUUGCUCUGCCUGCCCACUGUGUGGAAAGAGGGAAAGCACCUCCAGCCUGCCAUUACCCACUGGUGAUUCCUCUCCACCGCCACCUGCUCCUGUUCCACAGGAUUCGUCUGCCACAAGUAAAGAGUGAAUCAUACCUUCUGGUGUGUGCAGAAGGGGGGAAGCUCCAAAUAUGGAGGAGACACUUAUCCUAAGCUCUCUGAAGAUGUCACCACUAGAACAGGAGAAAAGAACUGAGCUUCUGCUUUUUGCUCACUCCUUGCCCGAGCCCCUCACAGCUUUCCAAACUUCUACCUGAAAAGA